UUGUCGAGGACUGUGUACUAUACCGUGAAAAACCUUUAGAGUUUAUUUAAAACGAAAACAGUUACUUUUGGCAAGAAGGCUGGAUCUAAAACUUUGAUCACAAUUAUUCUGUGAAAUUAAAUAAAUUGACCAAAAAAGCGUCCAGAUAUCUUAUGUCUUCAACUUGGAACGAACAUUCUAUCCAACUUUAACCCGGCACCAGCAUGGGAAAUCCAAGUACACUUCUCCAUAGUCCGACCAUAGGUGUGCGUACUUCAGCAAUUGAUGGAAUUGGUGCCGAAAUUUUAAACUUUGAUAAUUUUCGAGAGAAUUUAACGAGAAAAGUGAGUCUGAAAAAUUGGUUCCUGUUGACGUCCCACCAGCACGUACACAUUUUCAAUGUGGACAAAAAGACAAACGGAAAUUUAUCGGUACGCAACACCAUUUCCAUUGAUACGGAGCUGAUGGCAAACGUGUAUGAUGUCAAUGAUGACACACUAUCCAGUUUGAAACUGUGCAGCUGGUCUCAGUUUUACACGUUGAUCGAACAAUUCAGCGAUGUGAAUCAAGGAGGUGAUGUCUUCGUUGUGACCGUUAUCGAAGAAGACCGACUUUCCGAAAAUAGCAGAGAAGUCGAAAAGGACUACGAAAUUGAUCAGUUAUCAGCGGCUGCGACAUUCGAAUUCUGUGCAACAAAUAGUGAGGUAGAAGGAAACGAUCUACAAAGACCGUUCGUCGAAUCGAUCGUGAAAGUUGAGCCCACCGACGAUACUCUCGAUUGGGAAGAUACUUUGGUUCACGUUAAAAAUGAAACUGAAGAGCAGAACGAACUAGCAGUUGAACAAGGUCAUUUGGUAUUGGUUCGAGAAAAAUAUCCGGCCUUUGCAGCCGAUCAACGUGGAGGUGUUACUCCUAAAGGUCGUAAAGACGCCAGUCAAGUGACGAGAAAAUGUACCAUUUGUGAUAAGGACUUUUCGACGAAGAAAAAAUUCAGAAAUCACAUGUACCUGCACGAUAGAAGCAAAUUUAAGGAGUGUCACAUCUGUCACGCCACUUGCUUCAACAUACGGCGUCACAUUGAAAGUGUGCAUAAGAACGUAAGAAAAGACGUUUGCCAUAUUUGUGGUGCCGCCUACAAACAAUUAUCAACGUUGAAAGCGCACAUGGACUCGAAACACAACGAAUUUGGGGAAUAUUUCUGUGAUAUCUGCAACAAUGGCAAAAACUAUCGUACGAAAAUGAGGCUGAAAUGUCAUAUUACCAAUGUGCACGUCAAGGGUAUAGAACCAGGAAAACAAGCACACCCCAAAAAACAGUUAUCGUCGAAAGCCGCGCUUAAAAGUCAUAUGGAUUCAAAACACAGCGAUGACCGAGAAUCGAAAGCUCAAUUUCAGUGUGAGACUUGCGACAAAGUAUUCAAACGGAAACAGGCAUUGACCAGCCAUGUAAUAUUACAUUCAGGGAAGAAGUUUGAUUGCACAGAAUGUGGCCAGUCCUUCAGUCAUCCUGAUUACUUAUCAAAACAUCGCAGACAUCACAAAGAAGUCAAGUGCAAAGAGUAAACAGUUCGCGUGGAGAGCGAUAUCAAGUACAAAAUUUCGAUCUGCUACUAAUGUAUCUAAGUAUGAGUGAGAAAUAAAUCUGGUAUAAAAUGAUGGAUUAAAAA